CAAACAGUCUCCUAAAAGCUCCACAAAUAUCUCUGAGUUUUGUGCAAAGUAGGUUCUGCCCUCCCGAAACGGACAUGAAACCUUCUGUAAAAUUCCGUGAUGCUGAGAAUUCUUCUCAGUACUAUGAAUGCGAAAAUGGAGCUCCGCAACUUCGUCAAUGCGCAGAAGGACAAGAGUGGAGUGAAAUCCUCCAAGACUGCGAUUGGCCUAGUUCAACUGAAUCAGCCAAAAUUACGUCAAGAGCGCGCUUCAUCAGCGUGGGCUGUACAAGCUUCUUGCUACGUUUAGGAAGCACCAAGAUUUUCGUAUCAUGUCCUAGUGGACUGUUUUGGAACCAGAAUGUGUUAGCUUGUGAUGCGUUCGCAAAUGCUGACUGCCUAAGUGAACGACAGACGUCCUUUAAUAUCUGUCCUAACCCGAGUGAUCAGCAACAUAUCCCCGAUUCUGUCAGGUUUGCGAAUCCGAAUAACUGUCGAAAAUUUGUUCAAUGUAAGGACGGUUUCGCCUAUCAUUUGGAAUGUCCAGCAGGAUUGCUUUGGAACAAUGAAUUAGGACAUUGCGAUUGGCCUGAAUACGUAAGCUGUUAGGCUACUUUGAUGAAAGCUAGCUCGGUAACGUCCGGGCAUAAUUAAUAAAGGUUCCUUUCAAUCAGA